UGUUAUUCCGCACUCGCCUCCUGACGUCACGGCUCCCCCCUGCUCACAUGACGUCACCCAGGCACUGCUUCAUCUUAUGAUGUAGGAUCUUUCGGCUUCUCCUCAGACAUCUCAAAAGAAGCUGGGAGCCCAGACCCACCGAACGCUACACACAGGAGCCCAGGACGUUCCCAUCACAGGACUCCUAACCAUCAACCCCUGCCGGAUCCACUGAUCUGCCCUGUACCAGGCUCCAAAUUAACCCCCCUGCAAGCUCUAGCAUCAUCAGAGGCGGAACCCCCAAAAUUGCUCACUGCAAAACCCCCGUCCACAGCACGUUCCGAACUACCCCCUCCAGUGCGCAGAUCUCCUUCAGUAGCCACCGUCUGCUGAUCUGUACCCCGUAGGAUUCCCCGGGCGAUCACGUCGGAUUUCCUUACAGCCCCCUUUCAUUGUGGUGCUGCCAACAUGUCUGAAAUCCUACCCUACAGCGAAGAUAAGAUGGGGCACUACGGCUCCGACACAGAGGUGGGGCAAAUAUCAUUCAGCUGCCGCCUGCAGGAUACCAGCUCCUUCUUUGGGGCAAAUCAACAGAAGAGACCCCCGAAGCUGGGGCAAAUCGGGAGAGCUAAAAGAGUUGUUAUUGAAGAUGACAGAAUAGACGAGGUGCUGAAGGGGGUGUCGGACAAGUCUCCCACCGGAGUAUAAGGCGGAUGUGUUUGCUCUCCAGCGCUCACUAUCCUCCCCGAUUUGUAAGCACUUUUGGCUGUGCAUGUUUGUGGACACGGAGAAGAAGGAAAGGCUUUGAGGCUGCUGGCAAAUCUCCACCCUCCACCUUGAUCCAGACCCUCUGCAGGUCUCCUGACGGUGCCAUCCGGCUCACCACUCCACUAAGUCCCGGUCUAUGACCUCCACUGUGGAGACGUCCAUUUCAGCACCAUCCUUUUAUCCCUCGUCACUGUCCCCCACUCUGGGGCUCUGGGGGUAGUGAUGAGUUUCAGUUCAUGUUAAAGCCAACCCCAGAAAGUAGGGGCUGCUGAUCUUGUCAGCUUCUACCUGUGUGCCAAGAAGGUGCUUGUAGACUGGAGCACCAUGGAGUUUGUGUCUGUCACCUCCAACCCUUGCCAGGUGCUGCCUCCUCCUCCUGACUCACAGUGUACACCCCAAGGGGCUGUAGGUUGCUAGUUGCACUUUAUUUGGACAUUGACCUGUGUCUAGUCAGUACUAAUCUAUUGUUGUAUGGACUCAUGAGUUGCCCACAUUGCCAAUGUAUUAGAAAAAUACAUGUAUGUGUGUGUGUAUAUAUAUAUACAUAUAUCUCUAUAUAUAUAUACACACACACAUAUACACGCACACACACACACAAAUAUUUAUACUAAAAUAUAGAGUCUGAAUUGAAUUGAACAACCUCAUCAUGUCCAUCAAACUAGCAUCUCCCGAGCUCCAGAACAAUAUGUGACUGACUGCACAAAUGUCCCCAUCUUCAUCUUUCCCACACGUUCCAGAUACCAGCAGGUCGGAAGCAGAGCAGCUGGAGGGCGCAGAGCAGGCACAGGCUGUCCCUUUGCUGUCCAAACCCAAGCAAGACAACAACAAAAAAAGACUUUAUUUGCACCAUCUCUUGCAUGAGCUUCCGAAUUUCACCCUGGAUUCCACACUUUCUUCCCGCACGUUCCUUUUUAAGAGGACCCCUUACAUUUGUAUUUUUAUAAACAGAUCUUUGUUAUUAAUAUGAAUUCAGAUAUAUGCUUUUGACUGUGCAAACAUGACGUCAGAGAUACAGCCGCCUGCUGGACGCAGAAUAAAGUGUCAGCUGGCUGGAUGCCACCAAAGGGCAGUCCCCAAGGGAGGUGCCCUCACCAAGUGUUUACAGAACGUGCUUGAACCACUUACCAUGAAUGUGACCCCUUAUAGAUUGUCACAACUGCCACUGGCACCCAUACCACCAAUCCAUUCCACGCUGGCACGUAUUACACAACAGAUGCUUGUUCUGCACAUUAUUUCGCCACCCUACAGAUGCCUGGCACAGUAUAGUAUAGUGUAAGUGUAUACCUAUAUGCAUUGCUCUAUAUGCUUCUAUAGUAUUAUAUAUAUAUAUAAUUCAUUCGCUAGCUUUAUUUUUUAAAAAGCUAUGUAGGCAAUUAUGUAGUUUAUGGGCAUCUUUAAGCAACCGUUUUCUUUGUAUAUAUCAGAUUAAUUUUAUAUUUUGUUUUCAGUAUCAGAGAGAGAGAGAAAUGAUAUUUGCACAUGUAGGUGUCCAUUUACCUUGCUUUUACCUGCAUAUUUUGUAUAUAUUUUUACUCCAGUGCUUCGUUGUAAUUAUUAUAUAUAUAUUUACACAUAUAUAGUUAUUCAUAGAGCUAUACAAAUAUAUGUAUAGAAGUAAUGAUUUAUAAUGUGAACAGACUCUGCAUAGGUCACCAGCAUUUGUACAUUUUGGAAUAACAUUGGCACCAUCCUCUUGACCUGCACAUAAGCAUGGAGAAUUAGUGGUUAUUCCAAUCGCUGCUUGGCACUUGGUGAGGGUGUAUAUGUCCCAGGCCCUGGUAAUAGCACCUCCAUUCUCUAGCUCC